AUGGACACUGAGAUGGCCCUGAAAAAUCAACAGGCAAAGUCCUCGCCUCAGGACGACACAGCCAUGCCGUCUCUAACGACAAUCCCUACGUCGGUCACCCUAUCCGCCGAGCAGUUCGAAAAGCUGUACCUGAGCCCCCUGACACAGCGCCAGGGCAUGCUCUCGAAGCAGAUGGGCAAUCCUACUCCUUUGGCCCUCGGCGGAUUUGUUAUUACCACCACGCCUCUGUCUUGCUGCCUUAUGGGAUGGAGAGGUGCCACCGGAGCGGGAAUUGCAUUUACUGGCCCGAUCAUCUUCCUGGGAGGCGGACUUCUCGUCUUGACUAGUAUUCUGGAGUUUAUCCUCGGCAAUACCUUUCCCUGCGUUGUCUUUGGCACAAUUGGAGCUUUCUGGUUCGCAUUCGGCUGCACCAUGACUCCCGCAUUCAACGCUGCAGCCCCCUACUCAACCUCCGCUGCCGACACAGUAGCCGGCCUCAGCAGUCCAGACUUUCUAAAUACAUACGCCUUCCUCUUCAUCUGGAUGGGCGUCCUAAUGCUCAUCUUCCUGAUCUGCGCGACCCGCACCAACGCCGUCUACGUCCUCAUCUUCACGACGCUCACUCUCGUCUUCGUCUUCUUGUCAGGGGCAUACUGGCGUCUGGCUGUUGCGGAUGCCCUCGUCGGUAAUCGGUUGAUUGUGGCAGCCGGUGCGUCCCUGUUCGUGGCGAGCAUGCUGGGUUUCUACCUCCUGGUGGCGCAGUUGUUUGAUUCGGUGGGGUUGCCUGUGCGUUUGCCUGUUGGGGACUUGAGUCGGCUUUGGGAUCGUCGUGUGAGUGGUGGGCAGGAUCCCGAGUAUGAGGCUGGGGCUGGGGAGAAGUAG